AGACCAUCGUUAUGUUUGGAGAAAAAAUGGUGAGGCUUGCAAGCCGAAGAUCACCAUCCCAACUGUGAAGCAUGGGGGUGCUUUGCUGCAGGAGGGACUGGUGCGCUUCACAAAAUAGAUGGCAUGUUUUCUACGAUGAAAGUUUCAGUGACUUUAAGCGGAGUGUUGCUCGUGAGCUGGAUGAAGCUCACUGUCUCAGUGUGUUGUGUUGUCACACGUGCUGCUGGAACACUGAACACCGUGUCGCGAAAGGAAUCCCGCGCCACACUCCAGCACGAGUAAAGAGAUGCUCAUUCAUAGACGAGGAAUUACCAUCUCUCAGUAUUGUAAAUGUCUCAGAAUGGGUUGGACAGAGUACAACUUCCACAGAAAGGCCAGCGUACAAAGCGGAUACAGAAGCAUGUUUGAAUGAUGUCUCUUGUGUUCGUCUCACUAAAGAAACAAAGGUCACCAAAAAGAGGGCAGAUCUUUCCCUCCCAGGAUCCAACUUGGUAUUUCCCAUCACACCCACUAAUAAACAAAACAAAAUAGUCAAGUUAAAUACAGUUCACAUCAGCCCUUUGAUUGGCUGCUCUGAGUUGCCACGAAAUCCAGUGGUCAUGUGGAUCCGCAACCCACAUCAUGUGCCUCAGUGGCUCAACCAAAACAAAUCUAAAUCUCUAAACGUUGCUAUAAAAGAGUUAGUCUGCCUUCCAUCUUUUCAAGUGUCCAAGUCAUCAAUGGUGACAGGUGAUGAAAUCAUUGACUGGCAGGCUCAGAGGGGUCCGGCGAACCUUCAGAGAAGGUAUAAUCUUCAUAAGAGGAGAAACUGGAGAGGUAGAAGCUUUACACUAGAGGGUGCUGGCACUCCUCAACAAGCUGAGGAUCGGUGGGUGGGCAUUGGCUUUAAUCCCAUUCCCAAAACCACCCCACAUCAUCUCUCCUGCAGCUUGCUGUCCAAAGAUACUAAACGUGGAUCACUGGAUCAGAAACCACCAGGGGCACCACCUCAACACGCAGCUCUCAGACGUGCACUCCGCAGCAGUUUCACCGGUUUGCACCCGCUCUCCAUUCCACUCGUCCCAUUCAUUGAAAAUGAAUUGUGACCUAAUGGGUGGCUUUUUUCGAGUUCACCAUCCUCUCUCAUUUUGGCUGGUAUCUGUCUGCGCCAUAGUAGAUUAAGCAGUCUACCUAUGACAAAAAUGUCUAUUCACGUGCUAGAGCCAAAAAGGAGGGAGGGAUGGGUAAUAAUAGUGCCGUACAAUACAGGUUACGUUUGUCAAAUCACAACAUAUAAUGUGCAAUUAAAUAUAUAAUUUCCUAAUUAAUAUCCUCUAAUAUACAGAUCUUAUUUUACUUGGCUUAUUAAAAAAAAUUCAUACUCAGGACCUGUCACAGAGCCAUGUGACGUCAUCAAUAUUUUUCAUAUCAAUUAUUUGUAGUUUAUUUUAAUUUAAUAAUUUCCCUGUAUCUUUGUUUUUACCAUUUUUAGUUGAUAAUUGACUUGAUUUUAUUUGGUUUUCAAGUUAGAAAUGUAAAGUUUCUCAAUGUUUUUAAUGGAAAUUCUGUUUCACAAGUUUCAGCAGCUGUCCUGUGAGUUUUGUCUUGCAGACCCAUUACUGUAGUAACCUAUUUUGAAUAUAGACGAAUUCAUUUGCAAACAAAUAAUUAAACCAUACAUAUUUUAUAGACUUUUGAACUACACAUUUAUACCUAAAUGUUGACCCUUAUGAAAGUAAACAGCAGGUGGCACACAAGAUCAGGGAGAUUAAAUAACACCCCUACUUAAAGGUGCACACAGUCAUUUAUUCCUCAUUAAAUAAGGUUAACAUCUAAAGACAUGAAUUGUAAUUUUUCAGUAUGAUUAGUGAAUCAUGACCACUCACAUUAAAA